CGUUGGUGUAGUGAAUUCAAAUGUCUGCGCGAGAGAGCGGAGCCGAUGCUGAGAAGCAACAAAACAUCAUUUCCAGACGGAAUUUUCCAUCAUUAAAGUUAUGUGUAACCCACCAUUGCUAGGUCUGAGCUUACGAGGCACCAUUUAGUCAGAAGUGUUAUAAAGGAACCACUAUGAAUUUCACAUAAAACAGUUGUCUCCUCUGUAAACAAACCAUAUCACUCUUUGGGGAGCUCAGAACUAAACCAUCUGAAUAAUAUUGCCACAUAUAUUGAUGACCCUAUACACCUGCAUCUGGUUGGCAAGAAGCAAAUCGCAUUCAUAUCCAACAUAAAGACAGAUUUUACUCAAACUUCUUGUUUGAACUGAAUAUACGUCAACACAGAAGAUAACUGGGCUUGUCUUGUGAUUUCACCGGGUCUUUAUCAGCAAAGCAUGGCUAUUAACAGACUCUCGAUGUUGUUUUUACAGUUAUUCCUUUUGCACAGUCCAUAUUGCAACAGGUUGCAACACAUAAAGAAACGACACACUUGCUAAUAUCUUCUUUAGCAGCUGGUGGAAUUUGGAAGUUUCAAAAAGAGGACCGCUAAUCCCUGCAGGUUUUCACAAAGUGGCUUGUACAAACCGUUUCAUUGCCAGGAUGCUGGUUUCAGGGUUCAGGGUAAGAUCAGAUUACUUCCAAUGGCUGAAAUCAGAGGAGGCAGCGUUGAGCCUGUGAGACGUGAGCCUCUAAACAGCUGAGGGGUCACUGCUCUCUGUGUUCACCCUCACACAUUCAUAAGCCCAAUCACACGUGCAUGCAACUCCCCUCUGGAUCUGUUCUUUGAACGCUGCGUUUUUAGAUAUUUCCACAAAGGCAUUUCACAGUUGUUUAGUUUAUUUAAGGACAAUUCGCUGUACCUUCUCUGACAGUGAAAUGCAUGAUGCAUUUCGAAAUAGCGCUUUUGGCUAUGUCACACCAGUUGAUAGCAGACACAUUACGCCAUUUGCAUCAAAUGUUGUUGUCGUUUUUAAACAGGCCAGAGUACAUGUGAUCAGCAUACUUGUCUUAGACAUUUGUAGGGCUACACCUCUACUAAGGCUGAUGACAGAUCCCAUAAAAUUAUGGCCAUUACCAGGAAUCCUCUGCGGUUUCUGUCUCUGAAUGCCUUUGGAUGGCUACGCUGGCGGUGAUGCCACAAAAAAAAAAAAAAAAAAAAAAAGAUCUGAACAUUCAGCUAAAUGCUGAGGUUUUCAGGAGGCCAGAAGGCUACUGCCCUUCUCCUUAAGUUUUAUUGCAAGGUCUCAAGUAAGUCAAGCAAUCUGCUCAGGACGAGCCAUCCAACCUAUCUUUAGCCACUGCGAGCAAGUGAAUGGAGAGCCUGACUUAUCUUCACUGCUGUCAUCGAGGCUGCCAGUAUUUUUAGGGGACAGCAGCAGCUGCAAAAGCAUUUAGCGGUCUUCUACGAACAAUGACACUAGGGGUGUCUCAGGACUAAACGGCACAGAGAUUGUGGGACUGCUGGAGCGUUCAAAGGAAAGCUGUCUGACAAGGCUAAAAUCAUCUUAGAAGGGGCAUGUAAAAGCUUUGGCAAAAUGGGCAGGUGACACUGACUAGAUGUUAAUGAGGAGGACUUACCAAAGUGGAAAAGGAUUAUUCUUUUAAAAAACCACUACCGCUGGAAGUGAGGGCCAGUGAAGCAGGAGAAGCUGGUUGCCACGGAAUGUAUAUUGACAGUUGUCUCUAAGGACUUAAGAGAGCGUAGCACAAACCUCAAUGCGUAGCAUGAUGAAUUACCAGCAGACGUUUAAGGUUCUGAAGAGGACACCAGAUCGUUUUCCUGAAGUCCGCUGUGCGUCAUAGAUUCCCAGGACUAGCGAUUCAUGUGUUCUGCCAUCCUAAAACAGAUAAACUAGCCCGGGUGUAUAAACAUUCCCCUGUACACUUCAGAGGCCAAACAUGCAGCGUGAUUGAAAUUGAGAAGCCACACAUAAAAAAAUAUAUAUCAUAUGAGGGCAUAUUAAACCAACACGGUCUGGUUUGCUUCAUAUGCAACAGAGGAUACUUUCAGAGGAAGAUAUCACUUAAAAGUACAGAGCAAGUGUUUCUUUCUUGAAACGAAUGAGAAACAAACUAAUUUUGACAAUGACAUUUAACACCUAAAUUCGUCACUGCAUUUUCUAAAAGGGGUGUGAGAGAGGCAUAGCAUAUUUUGAUUGAGAGGUCCCCAUUGGGUGUGUCCUGCGUGAGUGUGUGAGACCUGUGUUGUAUGUGCACGCGUGUUCUGUAGUGUGCUUUGUGAUACCUGACACAUGCCCUCUCACAGGUCUUUAUUUAGGGCAUACUAUAUAAAGCACUUUCCCAUUGAAAUACAGCACCAGCUGUUAGUUAUGUGUUGUGGUCGCUGUUGCAGUAUGGCUAAAAGAUGGUUCACCACUUCUCACACAAGGCAUAAUAUCUAAGAAAGUUCUGGCCAUUAAUACUCUGGUGUCCUAGAAGCCUUUCUCUCUGGGGAGAGCCUACACCAUCAAAUGCGAGACUUGAUAAACAGCUGGACAACAAAAUUCUUCCAAAGUAAUAUAGAGACUGAAUGCCUGUAGCCUGUCAAUCUGAGCGGAGGUUGGCAAGCGAGCAGGGAUGGAUGUGUUUGGUGGAGCACCACGGUUCCUGGCCUACCCUCGUCCUGUGGUAGUACAAAGUGGUACAGAUGCAGUUCUGAAAUGCCAGAUUGGCGGGGAUCCCAGACCAGCAGUUAUAUGGGAGAGAAACAAUGAGAAGAUUCAUCCAGAGGGCAGAUACCGGGUGUUUGAGGAUGGCAAUGUCUAUAACCUUAUCAUAAAUUCUGUGACAAUGGAGGACAGUGGGCAAUACAUCUGCAAGGCCAAGAACUGCAUUGGAGAGACCUACGCAGCAGCCACUUUGAAAGUAGAAGGUGAAGCACAGGAGAUGGAAUUUCGGGAGGAAAACAAGCCCCGCUUCCUCAUCAAGCCCCUCUCGACUAGAGUUGGACGAGGAGACGAUGCCGUGUUCUCCUGUAAGCUGUGGGGAAACCCUAGACCAGAAGUGAUGUGGGAGAAGGAUGGCAAGAAGUUGAAUGAGAUCUUUGAAAGCACACAUUUUGCCAUCAGCUAUCAGGAUGGAGGAUGGUUCCAACUAAAGAUUUUCAAGACAAGAGCACCAGAUGGAGGGGUGUACACGUGUAAGGCCAGGAAUGAAUUUGGAGAGAGUCUGGCAGGGGCUGUGCUUUUGGUGGAUGCUGGACCAGGACAUGAAGAUGAAGGGAACCGUAACGGAUACACGAAUGGCCACUGGAAAGCCCAUCAGGGAAAACAGAGAAGUGGUAGGCAGGUUGCGACAAGGCUGAAAGAUGACCCACUGCCAAACUCAGCCAAAGUGAAAAUGUUUGCAGUGACAGAAGGGAAACAUGCAAAGUUUCGGUGCUAUGUAACAGGGAAGCCAAAACCAGAAAUAUUAUGGAGGAAAGAUGGGAGACUUAUCUUGUCUGGGAGACGGUAUCUUUUGUAUGAAGACAGAGAGGGUUACUUCACACUUAAAGUUCUCUACUGCAAACAACAGGACAAUGGAGUUUAUGUCUGUUCUGCUUCAAACACAGCAGGGCAAACCCUGAGUGCUGUACACCUUAUCGUCAAAGAGCCACCUGUCCGAUUUAAGCAACCACUGAAUGACUUGCAAGUAUGGGAGAGAGACUUGGCUGUUCUUGAGUGUGAAGUUCCUGAGGACUCUGUUCCAAUCACGUGGUACUUGGAAGACAGACGUCUACAGCCUGGAGCCAAAUAUGGAAUGGAGGAGUGGGGGACAAAGCGACGACUCACAAUUCGUGAUAUUGGAGUUGAUGACGAUGGGAUAUAUCUCUGUGAGAUGGCUGAUGGGGGCAGAAGUAUUGCUGAGGUAGCAGUCAAAGGUACCAUUGUAAGAAAGCUGCCACGAAAAGUUGACGUUCUGGAGGGGGAAAAUGCAGCCUUCUGUGUGGAAGUGGAGGAGGAGGAAAUGGACAUUCAUUGGUACAAAGAUGGAACAGAACUAAGGGAGACCCAUCAGACCAUUCUCAAAUCCUUUGGAAGGACACACAUCUUGGUUUUUGUCAACACCACACCACAAGACUCUGGUAUGGUCAUGUUCUAUGUGGGUAGAUCAAAGACAUCAUCGCAGCUACGGGUGAAAGCUGCAAGGCACUGUCCACCAAGCUUUCCUAUCGGGGUACAGAUAAACACAGAGCGAGCAAAUGCAGCUCUCCUUUCCUGGUUUCCAGCACAAGACUCUCGGAAGAAUCCACCUUCAGGGUAUAUAAUUGAGAGGCAAGAGGUUGGCUCACAGGAGUGGCUGCAAUGUUUGACCACAGACUCAGCAACCUCGGUGGAGAUUCUUGGUGACAGCGUUCCAUGCGAGGCAGACUACAGAUUUCGGAUAUGCAGUGUCAACAAAUAUGGGAGGAGUGGGAAUGUAGAGUUUCCUCGAGCAGUUCACCUUGUUCCAGUUGCCAGAAUCCAAGCACCUCUACAAGAUGCUUUAGUGCCAGAGGGCCAGGAUGCCUGCUUCACCAUUGAGCUCUCUGCCUCAGUUAUAGGCACUUGGUUCUUAAAUGGAAAUCAGCUUCAAGACGAUGACCGUUUCUCCAUAAGGCGUUCGCGUACACACCAGUCCCUACGCAUUCGUGGGGUACGGGACACAGACAACGGAGCAGAGAUCACCUUCAUUGCCUACGGAAUUCGAGAUUCUGCUGCUUUGUAUAUACAAGCUCCACUGGUAAAAUUCACUCCACUUUCUGAAAUGGAUCGAAACAAAUUUGUGGAGGUUGGCAACCCUAUAGUGCUCUACUGUGAGCUGUCAGACCCUGAGGCUCCAGUUCGUUGGUAUAAGAAUGGUGUUGAACUUCAGUCAAUGGAGGGUCUGCACAUCCAAUCAGAGGGAACAAUGAGGAGGAUUGUCAUCCAAUCAGCUGAUUUCUCCCACUCAGGAGUUUAUAGUUGCGAUGCCAUUGAUGACGUCAUCAGGUUUAACGUGGAGGUUGAGGCCCCACCAGUGAGGUUCUCCAUUCUUCCGGAGGAUGAGAGGAACAAGUCCAUUGAAGCAGGCUCACCGAUAGCACUGCAAUGUGAGCUCUCAGAUCCACUCGCCCAGGUCUCCUGGUAUAAAGAUGGUGUGAAACUUCUACCACAAAGUGGACUAGACUUCAAGUCCAAGGGCACAAAGAGGCAACUGAUUGUCCAGUCUGCUGAAUUUUACCACUCAGGGGUGUACAGCUGCAAGACAAGGGGCGAUGCUGUACACUUCAAUGUGGAUGUUAAAGCCCCACCUGUGAGGUUCUCUGCUGUCCCUGAGGUUAAGCGGAGAAAGUGCAUUGAAGCAGGCUGCCCCAUUGUUCUGCAGUGCGAGGUUUCAGACUGUACUACACAGGUCCAGUGGUACAAAGAUGGGGAUCAGCUCCUUGUAGAAUCUGGAGUAGACUUCAAAUCAGAUGACUGCAUGAGAACACUAAGUAUUCAGUCAGCACACCCGUCCCAUGCCGGUGUGUACAGCUGCACAACAAAGGAUGAUGUCAUCAAGUUUCAUGUGGAGAUAAGAGCUGCACCAGUGAGGUUCUCAGCUGUUCCUGAAGCUGAGAGGAAUAAAUGCAUUGAGGCUGGUGGCCACUUUGAACUCCACUGUAAGGUCUCAGACCCUACAGCCCAAGUCAGCUGGUUCCACAACGAUACGCAGCUUCAGCCAGAGACUGGUUUGGAUAUUCAGUCAGAGGGAGAUGUAAGGAUACUGGUAGUCAAUCCAGCUGAGCCCAGUCAUUCUGGAUUGUACCGCUGUGAAUCAUCUGACGACUCUGUCCAGUUCACUGUGGAUAUCAAAGACCCACCGGUGAUGUUCUCAGCAUUACCAGACACAGUGAAGAACCAGCUGGUUGAAGCAGACUACUCCACUGAUUUGCACGGUGAGAUCUCAGAUCCAAAUGCCAAUGUGUGUUGUUACAAGGAUGGUGUAGAGCUCGUCUCAAAAAGUCAGCCUCAUAUCAAAUCGGAGUGUACCAGGAGGACGUUAGCUGUCAAGACAGCACAGCCCUCUAACUCUGGAUGGUACGACUGUGUGAGAACGGGUGAUGUCAUCCAGUUUAAUGUACAAGACCAAGUGCCACCACCAACAUUUUUGGCUGAUCCUGAAGUUGAGAAGACCAAAUGCACUGAAGAAAUGGAACCUGUUGCACUACAUUAUGAAAUUUCAGAUACCACUCCAUAUGUCAGCGAGACAAAAGAAGAGAAGGUCAUGCUUUCUCAAUCUGAACCUGAAUUUAAACCUGAUUUGGAACUUGAAUCCAAAUCUGAAUUUGAACCUGAAUCUGAACCUGAAGUUCACUCAGACGCAUCCAGAGGAACUGUAAUCAUCCACACACCAGAGACAUCUCUUUUCGAUGUAAACAGCCAAAAGACACCAGAUGAUCCCAUCCCGUUUGAAAUGGACCAAGCAGAACUGUCUCACUAUGAGGUGUUCAGUGGUGAGACCUAUGAUGACUCUGUCCAGUGCACUGUGGAUAUAAAAGCUUCGAGGACAAAUUCCACACCAAUUUGUGGAAUGGAUGAGAGCAUUGAUGCAGACUGUUCCAGUGUACUGCUAACUGAGAAAUCUGACCACACAAUCCAAGAAAAACCUAUAUCCUGCCAAGAAGAUGAGACAACCGUAAUAUUCAAUAAACCUACAACACAGAAAGAGCUCAUCCAGUCAUCAGAGAUGUGUUUGCAAGAAGCAUAUGAGACUGUUACCAAGGAUGAAUUUGUUUUACAUCAAGAGGAAGUGAAAGAACUUUGUUAUAAAGCAGAAUUCUUUACACUACCACCAGAAGAUGAAGUUGUCAGACCCAUUGAAGGUGAUUCUCCAGUUCACUGUUACAAGGACAGAAUACAGUUCUAUUCUGAAAAUGGACGUACGCUUGAAUCAGAGGAAAGUGUGCGAAGACUGAAUGUUCCAGUUAUAGGCUCGGGUCAAUCAGGUGUAAACAACUACAAGGCAAAGGAUGAAGACAUAAUAUUUAAGGUGGAUGUCAAAGCUACAUCUUUGCAAACUUCAACUAUCCAUGAGACUGACAGGAGCAAGUCAAAUGAUGGAACAGAUAUUGCUAAUUUUCCACAACCUGAGGUAUCGAGCACAAUGGCAGAGGUGUGCUGGUACAAGGAAGGUGAGGAACUCCAAGAAUGUGACAUUAUCACCCAAUCUAAGGAGAUUUUCAAAGCUCUUGUUGUGAAAACAGCCGAGCCGUCUCACUCUGGAGAUCAUGCUUGUGAGACAGAUGAUGUCACCGUUCAGUUUGCAGUGGACCUACCAGCUCCAACUGUGACGUUCUCCAGUGUCCCUGAGGCUCAACGGACCAUAUGCACUGAUUCAGGAAGACCCUUUAAACUACAAUGCGAAGUCUCAGACCCUGAUGCACAAGUCCGGUGGUACAAAGAUGGGAAUGAGGUGCUUCCUCAAGAUGGUAUGGUUACUGUGUAUGAGGAAGCCAUGAGAACACUCUCUGUGCAAAGUGCUGAAUUAUGUCACAGUGGAACAUACAGCUGCCAGACAAUCACUGACGCCAUCUCAUUCCAUGUGGAAAUCAAAGCUCCAUCACUGAAGUUCAUUCCAAUUUCAGAAGUGGAGAAGAACAAGUCCACUGAAGUAGACUCACCAAAUGUUCUGAAAUGUGAUCUAUCAGACGCUACCACUGAGGUGCUCUGGUGCAAAGAUGGUAGAGAGCUGGCCCCAAACCCUGGGCUCAAUUUCCAAACAGAUGGAAAUAUGAGGAAACUAACUGUUCAAUCAGCAGAGCUGUCUGAUACUGGAAACAACACCUGUCAUGCUCCAGGUGAUACUGUAUCAUUCAAGGUGGACGCUCAAGCACACCCUGUUAGGUUCUCAGCACUCCCAGAAAUUGCGAGGAACAAGUUUAUCGAAGCAGGCUGUCCCAUUAUACUUCAGUGUGAAAUCUCAGACCCUACUGCCCAAGUUUCCUGGCUCAAAGAUGGAGUCGAACUCCUACAAGACAGUGGACUUGACAUCCAGUCAGAGGGCACUAUGAGGAGAAUGAUCAUCCAAUCAGCUGAGCUCAAAAACUCAGGCGUGUACAGCUGUGAGGCUGUAGAUGAUCGCAUAGCAUUCAAGGUGGAUGUUGCAGCACCUCCUGUGACGUUUGCCUACAUAGCAGAAGAUGAUCUGCACAGAAAUAUUGUGGAACAAGACAAUCUACUCCUUUGCUGUCAAGUGUCCAGGUCAGAUGCUACUGCACAAUGGUACAAGGAUGGAGUAGAGCUAAAGCCUAGUGACAAUGUCCUCAUAGAAGCAGAAAAUAUUAUACGUAGACUGAUCGUCCUGUCAGCUCAACUCUCAGAUUCUGGGACGUACACCUGUCGUGCUGGGGAUAGUGCGUUAACAUUUAAAGUUAACGUAAGAGAACCUCCAGUGAUGAUUGUAUAUCCCAAGGAAGAUGUCCACCUUGAUCGCUAUGUUCCCGAAGAAAUUGUCCUCAGCUGUGAACUUUCACGGCCAAAUGGAAAGGUGACAUGGUUCAAGGAUGGACAGAAACUACAGGAGAGUGAAAACAUAAAGCUAAAGUCAGAGGGUCCGUACAGACGACUAAAAAUUCUGCGCAGUGGUGUUGAGGACUCUGGAGAAUAUGUCUGUGACACAGCUGAUGAUUCAAUAUUCUUCAAUCUAAACAUUAAAGAACCACCAGUGCGCAUAGUUUCUCCAAGCCAGUCCCAAAUGGAACUUUGCCAACAGACUUCUGAGAGGAUGGUCCUGAGCUGUGAAAUCUCUAGACCAAACGCCACUGUACGUUGGUAUCGAGAUGGACUUGAAGUGGAGGAGAGUGACAGCCUAAUUCUGGAGGUUGAUGGUGUCUAUAGGAGACUUAUUAUCCCAAAACCUACUGUCAAAGACUCUGCAGAAUAUGUCUGUGACACUGCUGAUGACUCGGUGACCUUCUUUGUAAACAUUGCAGAGCCACCAGUUAGAUUUAUUCGGCCAAGGAAAAUGGCCUAUGGAGUAGAGAAACUUGUUGGAGAUAUUGUGGUUCUUGAGUGUGAAGUUUCUCGACCAAAUGCUGAAGUUAGUUGGAAGAAGGAUGCAGAAGAGAUUGAGGAGAACAGCAACAUAACUAUCACAGAAGAUGGCACAAGUCGACAGUUAACAAUUCACUCUGCAGCUCUUGAAGAUGCAGGGCAAUAUGUCUGUGAUGCUAGAGAUGAUGUGAUGGAUUUCCUAGUGAAAAUCAAAGAUCCACCACAAAAAAUUCUGCGGAAAGCUGACAUAGAAACAAAACGCAGAUUUGUCGUAUCUGAUGCCAUUGUGUUGAAAUGUGAGAUCUCAAGACCAAAUGGGGUGGUCAGUUGGCUUAAAGACAAUGAGAAGAUUGAGGGAAAUGAGCAUUUCAUCUGUGAAGAGGAAGGGACAUUCAGAUCCCUGAUUGUCCUGAGCGCUGAGUUGAAGGACUCAGGGGAGUACAUAUGUGAUGCACAAGAUGAUAAAGUCGUCUUCAGUGUUACUGUAGAAGAGGCUCCAGUGUCCAUUGUUGGAAAUUCAGAGAAGCCAGAACACCACAUUUUAAUGACAGGAGAUGAGCUUAUCCUGGAAUGUGAGGUAUCUCGAGUAAAUGCUAUAGUCCAGUGGUACAUCAAUGGACAUUUACUGCAAGAGGAUUCACGGACACACAUUGAAAGCAGAGACACAACGAGGAAGCUUGUGAUAUCGGGACUCCAGACAUCCGACUCUGGAGAUUAUCUUUGCGAUGCCAUUGAUGACAAGAUGAUAACUAGACUAACAGUUCAAGAACCACCAUUCAAAUUCAUCAAAAAAGAUGAAAGAACAAAUAUUUCAGCCUAUGAAGAAGACAGUGUGACACUACGUGCCACUGUUAACAGGGUUAAUGCCCCAGUUAAAUGGCAGAGAGGACGUGAUCCAGUUAGAGGUGAUCGUUUCCACACAACAAGUGAUGGUAACACCCACUACCUCACUAUUAACCCACUUAAGAGAAAUGAUACUGGAGAAUACAUGUGUCAUGUGGGAUCUGACGAGAUGCAUUUCAGUCUCCAAGUUAAAGCAAUGAAGGUGAAAUUCUCCAAACCACUAGAAAACAUAGUGGGACUCAAAGGUAGUGAAGUGGUUUUAAAAUGUGAACUGUACAAGUCAAAAGGAGAUGUUCAGUGGCUUAAGGGCAGCAAGGAGAUUGCACCAAACAGACAUUUUACAAUCAGAGCUGAGGGUCGAGUGCGAAGCCUGACAAUACGUGAUGUCACAGAAGAUGAUGCAGGAGAGUAUGCUUGUGAAUCUAAAGAUGAAAGGACAUCAGCAACUGUAGUGGUCAACAUUCCUCGCAUUGUGGAGUUUAUUGCAGAGCUACACAACAUAACUGUCAUGGAAGGAGAAGACGCAACAUUUAAGUGUGUGGUAUCUCCAGAGGAUACAAAGUUGGCCUGGUUUAAGAAUGGCCAGCCAAUUUCAUCAAAUGAGAAGUUCAACAUCUCAAGUAAUGGAUUAUGCCAUAUGCUGCAUAUCAACAACUGUCAAGUCUCAGAUAGCUGCAAGUUGACAGCCGAGGCUGAAGGUGUGAUUUCCAGAGCUAUCCUACAGGUCCAAGAGGCACAGGUGCUUUUCACAAAGAGCAUGGACCUGGUGGUUGCAGAGGAGUUUGGUGAGGCAACACUUGAGGUGGAGGUCAGCCUUGAGACUGCAGAGGUGCAGUGGAUGAGACAAGGAGUGGUUAUACAUCCAGGGUCCAAAUUCACCCUGAAGCAGAAUGGCCAAAAACGUUCUCUCACAAUCCACAAACUCACCCUUUCAGACCGGGGCACUUACAGCUGUGAAACGCUUCAUGACCGCACACAAGCCAAGCUCACUGUGGAACCACGAAAAAUCAAGAUUCUGAAAGGUCUAACUGAGAUCCAGACUUACGAACGAGAGACGGCUUCUUUUGAGGUGGAGCUGUCACAUGGCAAUGUGGAUGGUGUGUGGCAGAAGGAUGGGCACAUUCUCAAAAACAACAACCGCUUGCGUAUGACUGGAAAAGGACGAGUACACAGCCUAACCAUCUCCAACCUGACCUUGGAUGACACUGGCACCUACAUAUUCUCUGUUGAGAACGUCAGAUCACUAGCAAGAUUGGAAGUUAAAGAAAUUCCAGUAGCAAUUCUGAAAAAGCUUGAGGAUAUCAGGCAACCAGAGGGAUCUGGUGUGACCCUUGAAUGUGAGCUCUCACGCCACAACGUGGACGUCAAGUGGACAAAGAAUGAAGUUCAGCUUAAACCAGGAAAAAAUCAUCGGAUUUACUCAAUGGGAAGAAAGUGUUUUCUACAAAUACUUAAGUGUGAGCUGGGAGACUCUGGUUUAUAUGUGUGUGAUGCCGGGGAUGCCACAACAUCCUGUUCAGUGGAUAUCUAUGAGAGGGAGCUUGAGAUACUACAAAGCUUAGAGGAUCUGGAUAUUCAAGAAGGUCAGAAUGCAGUGUUCAUGUGUGAAGUGUCCCUGGACGUUGUGCCAGGAGAGUGGUUUAAGAAUGGCGAGAAGAUAAAACCAACCAGCACCAUUAAGAUCCGUCAGGAAGGGACAAAGCACUUCCUCCUCGUAUGCAAUGUUAAAGAAGACGAGUCUGGAGAGAUCAAGUUUGUUGCCAAGAAUGUUGAGACUACAGCUUACCUUGAGGUGGAAGCACUACCAGCAAACAUUGCGAAACCACUUCAGGACAAGACUGCUCUGGAAAAAACACGUGUCAUACUGGACUGCACUGUGACCAAUCCUCGUUGCAGCAUUCGCUGGUAUAAGGGACCGAAUGUCAUCCUGCCCUCGGAGCGCUUUGAAAUCUGCAGUGAAGGGUGCUAUCGAAAACUUGUGAUUCAGCAGGUGUUGCUAGAAGAUGAGGGCACCUACAGUGUCCAAGUUGGAAACUUCACAUCUUCAGCAAAACUAACUGUUGAAGCUCAGUCAGUCCUAAUGGUGAGAGAGCUGCAGGAUGUGGAUGUGACGGCUCCCGGAGAUGCAUGCUUUGAAUGUGAAGCCUCUUUGCCUGUGGCCAAGGCACCUACCUGGACCCUGAAUGGGGAGACGCUGCAUCCUGGUCCUAAAGUUGUGGUGGAGAAAAUGGGAACCAUUCAUAGGCUCACUCUCAAACAAACAUCCGAAGACAUGAGCGGCACAGUGUGCUUUAUCACAGGGAGAGUCAAAAGCACUGCACAUCUGCAAGUCAUAAGUAACCACUGAGAAACAACACAUAAGCACCUGAAGUGCAUAAUACUCAACUACGCCGCUAUUUAAAUACAAAAAUACCAAAUGAAAUGAUGAAACUAUUAACUGUUUUAAUGUCUCUGAGAGAGAGAGGUCUAUAAGUAAUUUAUUUGAAAUGCAAAUUUAAAAUCUUUGUUAUGCUAUGUUUUACACAUUAUAUCCUGCUCUACUUGGUUUACCAUUCAUUACAUAAUUUUUAAGUUUUUCUAAAUGAAUGAUCAAACACAUUGUGCUUUAUAGGCUACACAAAAUGAACAACACCAGGCCAGACACCCAGACAUGUAAUUCAGCCAUGUUGUUACGGCUUAAAUUUCUUGCACAGUAAUUUGGUAUUUUAUUUUGAAAUUUGUGUACUAUUGUAUAUCCUUGUAUAGAUAUCCUUUGUGUUGUUUUUUAAUUCUUGUUUUGUGGGAUGCAGAUUAAUGUGAGGUUAAGGCGAAAUAUAAAUGUGCAGGGCCAAAGAUGAUCAAAAGAGGGUUUGGGACGGAAAGUAACUUCAGCAUAUAUAGCAAAGACACUGAAUUCAAGAAUACAGACAUUUCACAAAGUAGGGAAACAUUUACAAAUAAAUGAAAAAGGUUUUGAUAGUUUUAGUUGUUUGCUUCUGUUGUAAUCAGAAGGUAUGUCACAAUUCUUGCCUUUUACUUGAGUAUCCGAAUAAAGUGCUGCAAUUUUCCCUUGUUAA